AAAAAGAAAAGGAAAAAAAAGAGAAAAAAAAAAUAAAAAAAAAAUAGAAGGGCUAAAAACCGUAUAAAAAGAUGAGAAGAACAAGGUAGACUUUUUGAUUCCAAAAAUUGCUACUCCGUAUGUAACGGCCAACUAUAUCGGAACUUUGUAAUAAUCGGAGCUAUAUAUCACGGAGCUAUCAUGACCACCAGCACCGAUAUCGCGUCCUUGGAAACGAGGUACAUGUGUUCUUGCCAGUCUAGAGGAGUUCUGCCUAAUAAACAAGUUCUGUCAGCUCUUUUCAAGGCCAAGUUGAAGAAAGCCCGCCAUGAGGUGUCUAGCUUAGUGAUUUUGCUGGAUGACAUCAAGGAUACAGAUUUCCACCCACUGCUUGAUUUGUUGAUGGAAGUUGAUCUUUCUCAGAUUGAUGCAGUCGAUAUUAUAAAUAGAUCUGUAUGCAUCCUGAGUUGGGAGUAUCUUCUUCCUUUGCUGCGUGCCAGCAGUAGAAAGCUUCGAGUUGUUGAUCUCCAGGACAUAUUGUUUGGCAAGGACUUCUUGCUGUACGUAUUGCCAUUGUUGGAUCUUGCUCAACGAGGCUUACCAUGCCAAGUCCUAAAUCUGAGGUCCUCCCAUUUCCGAAAGCUCAACAUGAUUGGGAAUUUCACGCGGAUGCACACCCUUAACCUGGAUUUCAGUGCAUCACUUACUAACUUCCGUGAGGACUGUUUUACCUGUAUGCCAAAUUUGAAGUUCCUCUCAUUGUGUGAGACAAGAGUGACUAAUUUAUGGACUACCACUGCUGCACUUGCGAAACUCCCUUCCUUAGUCGAAUUACGUUUUCAGAAUUUUUUACAAGAUGAUGAAGCACGGAAGCAUCCUGCAUCAGAUAGAAGGAAUGAUUACUGGGAUUCAGAUCAUACGGAGAUAACUAUUCAUGAUGAAGCACCAUCAGUUAGUGGUGAAAAUAUCAUGUAUAGGCUUUUUAAUGAAGAAAACCAAUAUUUGAAUAAUACUGAUAUGAAUCUUGAUGUGAGUAGCGAAGCGGAAGAUUCAUCUGAUGAUAGUGAAGUGGACUUUUCAAGUCAGGAUCGUGAAACGAGUUUCAUGGAACUCUUGCCUGAUGCACCUCCUGGUUGGGAGGAUCUGGUUAAUCUGCAAAAUGAGGUUUCUUUUGGCCCGAUGGAGAUGCAGGAUGACGAGGAGCCAUUCUUCCGUUUGUCUGACACACGACUUCCAUACAUUACUCCAAAGAAAUGUAUAUCUCAUAAUCCUUCACCAAUAUGUUUUGAAAAAUUCUACCGAGAGUACAUGAUAGCUUCACUGCCAAACCUGAAAAUUCUCGAUAACUUGCCUAUUAGGAAAGUCGACAGAGAAAAGGCCGAAUUGAUCUUCUCACAAAAAUUUGAGCGCCUACCAUAUAAGAGGAAGAAUAAGGAAAGUGUUGUCAGCAUUCUGCAAAACCGGGAGACUAGAGCAAACCAUGCUCGCGGGCUCUCUCCUAGGCGAAAGUCGCAGUACUUUUAUUCUAGGUCAUUGUCUGCUGCCAAAGUUGGUUCCGUUGCUUGGCCUGCCCUCCGCCCCCUCUCGAUCAUGGGCACCACAGCAAGAGAUGAUAGAAGAAGCUAUCGACCACGCCAAUUUGAGUAUCAUCCAUCUGAUGCAAGCCUUAUGGUUUUUGGAACAUUGGAUGGUGAAGUGAUUGUUAUCAACCAUGAGAGUGAAAAAGUCGUCAGUUAUAUUCCCUCACUUGGAGCAAUGAACAGUGUGCUGGGUUUAUGCUGGCUAAAAAAUUAUCCCUCCAAGGUCAUCGCUGGUUCUGAUAAUGGUUCACUUAGAUUAUAUGACAUACGAUUGAUGCCUCCAACAGCCACAGGCAGCCAUCACAGUUCAGGUUCAGUCAUGUUUGAUGACUUUGACCAAUUAACCUCUGUUCAUGUCAACUCUACGGAUGAAUUAUUUCUUGCAAGUGGAUACUCAAAACAUGUUGCUCUGUACGACAUUAGCAGUGGCAGACGCUUGCAGGUGUUUGAUGAUAUGCAUCGAGAACAUAUAAAUGUCGUUAAAUUUGCACACCACUCUCCAUCUAUUUUUGCUACUUCAUCAUUUGAUCGUGAUGUUAAGUUGUGGGAUUUAAGACAGAAACCAAACCAGCCUUGCUACACUGCUUUAAGUUCUCGAGGGAAUGUGAUGGUUUGCUUUUCCCCUGAUGACCAAUAUCUUCUUGUUUCGGCUGUUGACAAUGAGGUGAAACAACUGUUAGCUGUUGAUGGGAGGCUCCAUCUAGAUUUUAGUAUAACGUCAACAGGGAGCUCUCAGAACUACACUCGUUCUUAUUACAUGAACGGAAGGGAUUAUGUCAUCAGCGGAAGCUGUGAUGAACAUGUAGUCCGCAUCUGUUGUGCUCAAACGGGUAGGCGGCUUAAAGAUGUAUCAUUGGAGGGAAAAGGUUCAGGAGCUUCAAUGUUUGUCCAAUCGUUGAGGGGGGAUCCUUUCAGAGAUUUUAGCAUGAGUGUCUUGGCAGCCUAUAUACGUCCAAGUUCAAACUCAGAAAUUGUUAAGGUAAAUCUGUUGGCAUCAAGUGAUCAAGACAAAGGGUACUCGUACACUCGGCAGUCUCAGCCAUUAUUCGGUAGCGGAGGCUGAUCUUUAUGCAGUCAUAUCACAUCAACUCAAAAAGCUAAGAUUUCAACAUUCAGAGCUGGUACAUUGGGAUUGCGAUAGCUUAUUCUUGAUUCGUGUAGCACCUUGCACUUGGGAAGUCAAUUACUCUCGAAAUUAACCUAGUGCAUUAAGAACUCAUUGUUCAAUUACUGAAUACUGGGUUCAGUUUUUCUCUUCUCUUUGGUGUGCCUCAACUGUUCUUUUUAAUGAGUCAAUUCAAGCACGAUUCGAGUUAAAAGUUUAAAAUCUUGGGCCAACUCAAAUUAACUCUCUGGUGGUCCGAAUUGACCUAUAGAAAGCUUGUAGUAACG